UGCGGAAGAGCCGUCGAACGUGAGGCUGAUCUGCAGUGCAGUCUGGGAACUGUCAUCGCUUUGUAUCCCCUUCCGACACCCGCAGCUGUUUAUUUCCACACAGCGGGACAGACCCCGGACAGACCGGAAUAUGUAGGUUACAAACCACCUUCCGUCCCUCUUCCGCAGCCUUCCAGUCCGGUCAGCCGCCGCGUGUGGACGGUGACACCGGAGCCGGGCCCUUCAUUUAAACAACCUGCUACCAUCAGCAGCUAGCUGCCCAAUCCGGUUAACUGACGCUGUCAGCCCGUUUUCACCCAUCGGAGCGGAUAAAUGACUGAAUGACAGUUCCCUCUAUUUACCCUACUACGCAGGUGUGAUGUACGUAUGUGUGGCCGGUGCUGUGCAUUAGCCCAAUAACCACACAGGAGAAUGAAUGCAGAGGAGGUGGAGCUGCUCAGUGACUCCAAGUACAGGAACUAUGUGGCAGCAGUGGACAAAGCCCUCAAGAACUUUGAGUACUCCAGUGAGUGGGCAGACCUCAUCUCUGCACUCGGCAAGCUCAACAAGGUUUUGCAGAACAAUGCAAAAUACCAAGUGGUCCCAAAGAAGCUGACGAUAGGGAAACGGCUGGCCCAAUGCCUCCACCCCGCCCUGCCCAGCGGUGUUCACCGCAAGGCCUUGGAGACCUACGAGAUCAUCUUCAAGAUAAUCGGUCCCAAGAGGCUAGCCAAGGAUCUAUUUCUUUACAGCUCUGGGCUCUUCCCGUUACUCUCCAAUGCCGCGAUGUCUGUAAAACCUGUGCUGCUGGGGCUCUAUGAGACCUACUAUCUGCCCCUGGGGAAGACUCUGAAGCCAGGCCUACAGGGCCUACUGACCGGCGUGCUGCCCGGGCUGGAGGAGGGUUCUGAGUACUAUGACAGAACGAACACCUUGCUGGAGAAAGUGGCUUCAGCCGUGGAGCAGUCGGCCUUCUACAGUGCCUUGUGGGGCAGUAUCCUAACAAGCCCCGCUGUGCGUCUCCCUGGUGUGUCUUUUGUUCUGCUGCACCUCAACCGCAAGCUCUCCAUGGAGGAUCAGCUGUACGUCAUGGGGAGUGACAUUGAGCUCAUGGUGGAGGCAGUCAGUACCUCGGUCCAGGAUUCCAGUGUUCUGGUGCAGAGGAGCACCCUGGACCUGAUCCUCUUCUGCUUUCCCUUCCAUAUGAGCCAGGCAACCCGCCCUGACAUGAUCCGGAUCCUGUCAGCAGCUUUGCAUGUGGUUUUGAGAAGAGACAUGUCCCUCAACCGCAGACUCUACGCCUGGCUGCUGGGCUUUGACAACAACGGGGUGGUAACAGGCCCUCGCAGCACGCGGCAGAGCAACCCCGAGGAGCACGCCAGCCACUACUUCAACACAUAUUCCAAGGACAUGCUGGUGCAGGCAAUGGUGGGAAUAUUGCAGGGAAAAGCCAGAGGUGGAGAGGAGGAGAGCAUCCUCAUGCACGACCUCAAGCCGUUCCGCAUCCUGAUCAGUCUGCUGGACAAACCAGAACUCGGGCCGGCCAUCCUCGAGGACGUUCUCAUUGAAGUGUUUCGGACUCUUCACACACAGUGUCGAACAGAGCUGGAUCUCCAGAACCAGAGUCCAUUUAGCAAAGAUCACACACAACUCAGCAGUAAACUACGAGAGAACAAGAAGACAGCAGAACUGAUAAAAACAGCCAAUCUCCUGUUUAACUCCUUUGAGCCGUACUACAUGUGGGACUACAUUGCUCGGUGGUUUGAAGAGUCAUGCAGGAGGACAGUGAACAGCAGCACACAUGCACCAAGGCAUGCUGGGAGCCUGGAUGCUCCUGAGCUGUUAUUGGUGGAGUUUUGUCAGCUGGUCGAUUUCCUACUGGAUAUUGUUUCUUUGGAAACGUACAUAGAGAUCCAGACGGAGCAUCUCCCUCAGCUGUUGUUGCGGAUGGUGGCUGCCCUGACGUGCCACCUGCAGGCUCUGGGCCUCGGCGAGCUCACACACUGCCUCCGUCUCUGCUCCAAGAUCCUCAGCAAAGUGCAGCCUCCACUCGUUUCUCCUCUGUCCCUGCCAUCAGGGUCUCAGGCGCAGGGAAUCUCCAACUCCACAGGAGGAAACUCUUCAAACUCAGCACGGGACAAGAGCAAAGACACCGAAGAGAAACGGACUGUCAAAUCAACGGCGGAGGUCCCUGGCAGUGGGGAGGUGUUUGAGGAUGGAGAAGCCGCUCCAAGCAGUCGCCCCUCUGAGAGUGGCUUCACAGACUUUGUCCAGUAUCAAGGAGACGGUGGCGAGGAAACCCGGACGCCGCAUCCCCAUCCGGCGCUCAAAGCGGGCCGUCGCUCCUCGGGCCCGAGCCAGGCGAAGCCCCUGGACAAACCGGUCAUGCAGUGCUGCCUGGAGCACUUCCAGCAAUUCCUCUCCCGCCUCAUCACCUUGUACAUCAUUCCUGGGCAGGUGGACAGAGCGGACGGUCAAAGAGGCGAGGCCGCACACUCAGGGAACCUGGUGUCACACAGCUGCCAGCCCACCGAUCGCACCGACCUGUGCUCGGAAGCCGGGCUGGCCCAAAGAGAUUGUGUUGCGGCCUUCACUGCUGCCUGUCAGCUGUUUCUAGAAUGCUCUAGUUUCCCUGUCUACAUAGCAGAAGGCAACCUCAAGUCCUCCCCUGCGCAAGAAGAGCAGCUCGACAGUGAGCAGGUUCGCCUGCCAGUGUGGCUGCAGACGCUGAUGGACGCCUGCUGCCUGGCCAGUGACUUCAGCCUGCAGGGCGUGGCCAUCUCCCUCCUCAUGGACCUGGUGGGACUGACCCAGUCGGUUGCUAUGGUGACUGCUGAGAGCGUGGCGUCCGGGGCCACCUCCGAGUCCACUCAGCCCAUGAGUCCCAGCCAGGGGCGAGUGGCCGUCGUCAUCAGGCCACCUCUCACGCAGGGAAUCCUCAAGCACAUGGCGGACAAGACAGACUUCUUCAAGAGUGUUGCUUUCAUCCUGUGGGACCAACUGAGCGAAGGAACACCUCAGCACCAUCAGCGCAGUGUGGAGCUCUUCUAUCAGCUUCACAACCUGGUUCCUUCCUCCAGCAUCUGCGAGGACGUCAUCAGCCAGCAGCUCAUGCACAGAGACAAGAGAAUUCGGCUGGAGGCCCACGUGAAGUUCUCUGUGCUGUGGCAUUUAACUCGAGAUUUGAACAUCACCAAGUCUUCUCCUUUCAGUCGCACUUUUGACAGGUCUCUCUUCAUCAUGCUGGACAGCCUGAGCUACUGGGAUCCGUGUACCAGCGCAGUUGGCCGGGCAUGGCUGAAUCAGGUCCUUCAGAGACAUGACAUCGCUCGUGUCCUCGAACCACUCCUCCUCCUCCUGCUCCACCCCAAGACGCACAGAGUUUCCAUUCAGAAGGUCCAGGCGCAGCGGCACUGGCAUCAGGUCUUCCCUGAGCCGCCUGAACCGGAGCCAUCAGAACCUGCCUACAACAGAGACUCUGGCUUCUCGGACAACUUCAUUCAGAUCCAAAAUGGCAGAGUUGGCCAGGAGGAUCUCAGAGGCCUGACAAUAGGCGAGAUGGAGCCGUUCUGUCUCACCGUUAACCCGUUGAGCGACAGCCUGUCCAUUCUGAGUCUGAGCAGCGAGAACCUGCAGCUUGCUGGCGAAUAUCAGCCUGCGGACCAGCAAGUGGAGCCACGCAGCUCAGAGUCCAGCGGAUCUCGGUCAUCUACAGUGGAAAAUGGCAGUUUUGAAGAUGUCGAUUGCACCAAUAGCACAGUAAAUGUGUUGGACCGGCAGCCUGGAUCCUCGGAUGACAUGUCCGAUGACUCUAUAGAGGAAGCUGUGUCCUGUGUCGUGAAAGAGCUCAUCGACAGAGUCCUUAAUUUAUUAGACGAGGGAUCUCUUGAAGUCCCAACUCCGCCUGAAAAUUGGCCCCAGACAGACAGCGACAGCACUUCCUCAGAUACCUCCACCGGCACCCGUCUGGACUCCGGCCCCCCUCCCGGCUCCAACCACCAGACUCUUCCCGAGAUGUUAGCUGAAGGCACGCUAGAGUUUCUCUCGGUCACAGCAAUGGACAUAUCAGCGGAGGAGCGGCACAAAGAGGGCAUCACCCGCCACAGUUCAUCUCCCUCCAUCGUCACGUUGCCAGACAGCUCUGAUCCAACCACCCCAGACCACUACCUGCAGGUGGACGACCCUCAGGCCCGGAAACGUAGCCAUAGUAGCACGCAGCUCAGCCUCAAAGGGAAAAUCAUGGAGAGGCUGGCAGACAAAUCUACUGGAGCAAAACCCAAAAUCAAGAAAACGAAGAGGAAAGAAGAGGAGAGGCAAAGAAAGGCAGCGGUUCAAGCGGAAAAACUGCGUCCACCCAGUAUUUUCUUUGGGGACAGUUUAGAUCUUGAAAACUGGUACAGCUGCGGGGAAGGGGAGGUAUCGGAGAUUGAGAGUGACACUGGCUCGCCCAGCGGGGGCUCCGGAGGGACUGUUGCCAGCGGUAACGUCACAGGCCGCAGAUCCUCCUCCGCCCCGCCGCGUUUUAACAUCCACCCCCUCUACCAGCACGUCCUGCUCUACCUCCAGCUGUACGACUCCUCCCGGACCUUACACUCCCUGUCAGCCAUCGCAGCCAUGUUGAGGGCCGCUCCCUCAGGGUUUGUAAGCGCCAUCUCCACCACCAGCAUCAACAACACUUACACUCCACAGCUCUCGCUGCUCCAGAACCUCCUCGCCCGCCACAGGGUGUCCGUCAUGGGAAAAGACUUUUACUGCCCCAUUCCCCAGGAUUCACACUCCCACUCAUUCCGCAGCGCCAUGUACCUGGAGAUCAUCAUCUCACUCUGCCUGUACUUCCUCAGAAGUUACUACUCCGCCCACGUGGCGGCCGGGGCUCAGGACUUGGCAGGGAACCGGGCCAUGCAGCUGACCAGCGUGGAGGUCCUCACCCUCCUCUUCAGUGAGCUCUCCAAAGUGACCGGCGGUUCGGCGAAGGGCUUCGCCAGUUUUAUCAGCGACGUCCUCUCAAAAUGCAAAGUUCAGAAAGUGGUCCUCCAUUGCUUGCUCUCUUCCAUAUUCAGUGCCCAGAAGUGGCACGAGCACCGGGCGGCAGGGGUCAACAUCGCCUCAGUUGAGGAGGGUCUGUCAGAGGACAGCGUCAUUAAUCUGUCAGAAGACCAGAUCGACAGCUGCAGCGCCGUCCAGUCCCAGCUGCUCAGGCUGCUGCAGAGUCUGGUGGUUCUGGAGCACAGGGUCCUGGUUCCAGCUGAGGAGGGAGGAGAAGCAGGACCCGUGAGUGGAGGCCCGGCUGGUGGAGGGACUGGAGGCAGCGCUGGGGCAGGGUUUGACGUCCUUGGAGGGGAAGUGGAGCAUGUCAACCCUCAGCAGCCAAUGACUUCCCUGCAGUAUCUCCACGGACAGCCCAUCACAGCUCAGGGCAUGUUCCUGUGUGCAGUGAUCAGGGCCCUGCACCAGCACCAUGCAUGCAAGAUGCACCCGCAGUGGAUAGGACUCAUCACAGCCACCCUGCCUUACAUGGGCAGAGUGUUAAGAAGGGUGGUGGCCUCAGUCACUCUGCAGCUGUGCAGGAAUCUGGAUAAUCUCCUCCAGCAGUACCGCUAUGAGACGGGGAUAACUGACACCAGACCUCAGUGGAUCUCUGUCUGCAUUCCUCCUGACCUGAUUCUGACGGUCCUGGAGGGGGUGACAGCGAUCAUUCAUUACUGCCUUCUGGAUCCCAGUUCGCAGUACCACCAGUUACAAGUUAGUGUUGACCAGAAGCACCUGGCUGAGGCCCGUUCAGGCAUCCUGUCCAUCCUCCACACCAUCAUGUCCUCUGUCACCCUGCUGUGGAGCGUCCUCCACCAGGCUGACAACUCCGACAAGCCAGCUGCUGCCUGUGCUGCCUCCACUUCCAACAUCAACCUGGGCUCCACCAAGAACCUCCGCCAACAGAUCCUGGAGCUGCUGGGUCCAAUCUCCAUGAACCACGGUGCUCAUUUCAUGGCAGCAAUAGCUUACGUUUGGAACGAGAGGAAACAGGUUAAGACUCCAGUUAGAAAUAAAGUGAUUCCUGUAGCCAGCGAGGAGCAGCUGCUGCUGGUUGAGCUGGUCCGUUCAGUGAGCGCAAUGCGGACUGAGACCGUCAUGCAGACGGUCAAAGAGGUUCUGAAACAACCGCCUGCCAUCGCAAAGGACAAGAAACAUCUUUCUUUGGAGGUUUGCAUGCUGCAGUUCUUCUAUGCAUACGUUCAAAGAAUUCCAGUUUCCAGCCUAGUUGACAGCUGGCCGUCUCUGCUGGCGCUGCUGAAGGACUCUGUGCAGUUAGGCCUUCCUGCCCCGGGGCAGUUUCUUAUCCUGGGAGUUCUGAAUGAGUUCAUUCUAAAGAAUCCUAAUCUGGAGAGUAAAAAGGACCAGCGAGAGCUGCAGGAUGUGACCCAUAAAGUGGUGGAGGCCAUCGGGACGAUUGCCGGCUCCUCUUUGGAGCAAACCACGUGGCUGAGAAGAAACCUGGAGGUGAAGGCCUCGCCUCAGAUCGUCGUGGAUGGAUCCAACCUGGAAGCUGAUGUAGAAGAUUUAAUGCUCACAGUGAUGGAGGCCUCCAGCUUCACUCCAUCAGUGUACAGCGUCCACGCCCUCACUCUGCUGGCUGAGGUGCUGGCUCAUCUGCUGGACAUGGUGUUCUACAGCGACGAGAAGGAGAAGGUCAUCCCACUGCUGGUUAAUAUCAUGCACUACGUAGUGCCCUACCUCCGCAACCACAGUGCUCACAACGCCCCCAGCUACCGGGCCUGCAUCCAACUGCUGAGCAGCCUAAGUGGGUAUCAGUACACCCGCCGCGCCUGGAAGAAGGAGGCCUUUGACCUUUUCAUGGACCACACCUUCUUCCAGAUGGACUCGUCCUGUGUCAGCCACUGGAGAGCGAUCAUCGACCACUUAAUGACUCACGACAAGACCACGUUCAGAGACCUCAUGACCCGGGUGGCCGUCGCUCAGAGCAGCUCUCUGAGUCUGUUCACCAACAGAGACGCCGAGCUGGAGCAGAGGGCCAUGCUGCUCAAACGCCUGGCCUUCACCAUCUACAGCAGCGAAGUCGACCAGUACCAGAAAUACCUGCCAGACAUACAAGAGCGUCUGGUGGAGAGCCUCCGUCUGCCUCAGGUGCCCAUCCUUCACGCUCAGGUGUUCCUGUUCUUCAGAGUGUUGCUGCUGCGCAUGUCACCUCAGCACCUCACCUCUCUCUGGCCCACGAUGAUCACGGAGCUGGUGCAGGUGUUUUUACUGAUGGAGCAGGAGCUGACAGCAGAUGAGGACAUAUCAAGGACAUCGGGGCCGUCUGUCGCUGGGUUGGAGACCACCUAUUCAGGAGGAAACGGAUUCUCCACCUCCUACAACAGCCAGCGCUGGCUCAACCUCUAUCUUUCUGCCUGCAAGCUCCUGGAUCUGGCUUUGGCCCUGCCGCCGGAGAAUCUGCCUCAGUUCCAGAUGUACCGCUGGGCCUUCAUCCCAGAGGCUUCAGACGAUUCAGGGCUGGAAGUGAGACGUCAGGGGACUCAUCAGAGAGAGUUUAAGCCCUACGUGGUCAGACUGGUGAAGCUGCUGAGGAAACGAGCCAAGAAAAACCCAGAAGAGGACUGUUCCACACGGACCCUUUCCUGGGAGCCCGGCCACCUCAUGCUGACGCUCUACGUGAUCCGCAGCAUGGAGCAGCUGCUGCCCUUCUUCAAUCUGCUCAGCCAGGUGUUUAACAGCAAAGCAAGCAGUCGCUCGGGCCCCGCCUUCAGCCGCAACCCCGCAGACGCCUCCUUCCCCGGACACAAGGAGGGCCACAAGCUGGAGAGCCAGAAGGUGUUCUGGAGCAGAGCUCGGCAGAACAUAGAAGAGAUGGUGGAAAAAGACUUUCUGGAGGGUCUCAUCAAGACGUGA